AAGUGUCUUCAGUCGGAUUUGGGAACUGCAGUAGUGGGAGAAUUGAGUGAGUUGCUUCUCCUGGUGUUCAUCAUCUUGGAUUGAAAAAUUGACAACAGCAUGUUUUACCCACUGAAAGUCGUCCUGAUGCCAGUGUUACUGGGUUAUUCCUUGGGCCUGAAUGACUUGACUAUUUCCACCGUGGAGCUAACAGUUCACGUGGGUGAUUCAGCCCUUCUGGGAUGUGUUUCCCAGAGCACAGGAGAGAAACAUGUGACCAAGGUAGACUGGAUGUUCUCAUCAGAAGAGCACACCAAGGAUGAGUACGUGCUCUUCUAUUACUCAAACAUCAGCGUGCCUGUGGGGCACUUCCAGAAUCGCGUGCGCUUGGUGGGGGACAUCUUACACCAUGACGGUUCCCUCCUGCUCCAAAACGUGAAAGAGACCGACCAAGGAAACUUUACCUGUGAAAUCCGCUUCCAAAUGGAGAGCCUCGUGUUCAAAAAGGUGGUCAUCCUGAAUGUACUGCCAGAGGAACCCAAAGAGCUGAUGGUUCAUGUGGGUGAUUCGACUCGGAUGGGAUGUGUUUUCCACAGCACAGAAGAGAAGCACGUGAGCAGGGUAGACUGGAUGUUCUCAUCAGGAGAGCCUGCCAAGGAGGAGAUUGUGUUGUGCUAUCAGCCCAAACUCAGGGCACCCAAAGGGUACCCCCAGAACUGGGGCCGCUUCCGGAACCGUGUAAACUUGGUGGGAGACCCUUCCCGCAAUGAUGGCUCUAUAAUGCUCCACGGAGUGAAGGAGUCUGAUGGAGGAAACUACACCUGCAGUAUCUACCUGGGGAACCUGACCUUCAGGAAAACCACUGUGUUGCAAGUGAUCCUGAAACAGCCCCGAACACUGGUGACCCCGGUAGCCCUCAGACCAGAGAUCCUGGAUGGUAACCAGCUGGUGAUCAUCGUGGGGAUUGUCUGUGCCACCAUCCUGCUUCUUCCGGUUCUGAUACUGAUUGUGAAGAAGGCCUAUGGAAAUAAGAGUUCAGUCACUUCCACCACUCUGGUCAAAAGCCUGGAGAACACAGAGAGGGCUCGUGCAGAGAAACAUAUUUAUUCCUCAAUAACCACACAAGAGGUGAAUGAUGAGGAAGAAUCAAGUGGAAAAUCAGAGGCCACCUACAUGACCAUGAACCCAGUUUGGCCUUCUCUGAAGUCAGCACCAACUAGCCCACCAGACCAAAGGUCAACUGGGGGAAUGGCAAAAACAGAGCAAGCCUUCUGAGAAGAAGGGGUGGUCCUUUUACCCUUGGCUGCACAGAGACUCUCUUUGCUGUGUGUCCUGAGUCCAUCCAUGUAGCAGUUGUUUCAGACCCUCUGCCCUCCCAGUCCUUUUCCUGUCUCCCUGCUUGGGCAGAGGGCUGACGAUGGAGGGCUCGAAGGCCCGCAAAGAGACUGGACAGCCCUGGAGGAAGAAAGGCUGAUAAGGGGGAGCAUGGACUUGAUCCCCCUAGAGUGAGACCCUGGCCAUGGGGACCCUGGUCAGCUGCCGCAGUGGCCUCGAGUGUCCCUUCAGGUCAGACCCUCUGCUUGGACGGUGCUCUCUGUGGAAGGUUCCAGAGAAGAAUCAGAUAUAAAAACAACCCCAAAUGAUUAUUCCUUUG